AUGCACACGAAUCACAUGGCUGAGCGUCGAUCCGUACUUCUUUGCACACUUCCUCUACGCCAAACACAGACGCUGCCGGAGCGCAACCUCUCUUCGUUGGUGACGACCGCCUUGCCUCUGACAACAACUUUACCGACCAGUCAUCGGCCCAUCCGAACCCAUCGGACCCGGACCAGCGCGAGACUGGCGAGACGGUCGACCAAGGAGGCUACGGUCGAUCUGCUUCCGGUGGUGAUCAGUUCUCCAAGGAAAACCAGACAGGUCAAGGUUUCUCUUCGACGCAAGAGUCGAGCCAACCCCAACCACCAGAUCCCCUUCAACAGCGCUCCAGUUCAUCAUGCACCCAGCCCACUAGGUUUCGGAUUCGGCUUUGGCUCUUCUUUCGGUGGGAACAAUGUUGGAGUCAGCUCUCCAGCGUCCACCUCAGCAUCGCCCAUGUUUGGCUUUGGAUCUGCAUCCGCAUCCACCUCUGCACAGCCGCCUGCCUCGAGCCCUUCGAGACGCUCGGAUGCGAAACGACGCCGCGACGUUGAUGAAGACGAUGAGUUAGACGACGAGGAUGAGGACAUGACACAUCCUCAGCGCUCUCGACUCGGAUCCGAUCCUUUUGCUCCUUCUCACGAGCAGAAACGUGUCGUGCUACCAAAGAGGAUACGUGCAGGGCUAGGAUUUGGUCUCAUCAACAGCGAAGCCCCACAAGCAUCAGCAUCAGCAUCAGCGUCAACAGCAUCGUCAUUCACAGCAUCGCCCUUGGCAAAUCCACACGUCGGCUCUCUCUACAGUCCAUCUCACUCACCAUACAAGCGACCUGCACUUGGCCUCGCUCACCGUGUGGGCAUGUCCGGAAUCGAUGUAGACAUCGGCAAGACGCUAGCAUCCAUGGACAAACCUUCGCUGCUCUCGAUGCUGUCGUCUCUACUUCUGCAGUCCAAGGACGCCACACUGCCCGCACAGAUCCUGUCACUGCUUCCGACGCCUUCUCUUGACUCGGUCGAGGGGUCAUUGGAUGAGCUCGAAAAGACUAUCCGCUCCGCGAUACCCUUCGUCGCCGAUGGAAGCUCGGCACGACACGAGUACACUUGGUCCAGGGUGCGUGCACCCGUCGCUGCCUUUGUAGAUGCUGCACUCGGAUACUUGCCCUUCUUUGUCACGGAGCUCGACUCGGAUCGAGAGCAGCGUCUUCGUGAGCGAGAUCCGAGAUUGCAAGCGGAUAGAGAAGAGGUGCACCCUGCGACCACCUUUACCUUUUUGCUGAUGAUUACCAGCCGGAUCCUCCGGAUCGAGGCGCUCCUUCCUUCGGUCACAAAGAGUAGCCUCGCCUUCAACCUGUUCACGGCUUCGACCCAAUUCGGAUUCGGUGGAGCUGCCGGCUCUGCACCGACGACUCCCACCAAGGCAAGCAACCUCGGCGCAGCCGAUGCCUACGGCAAGCAUAGCAACCUCGCGUACAUGCUCGGAACAGAUUUCGCAUCGCCUUCAUCACCGGAUGCGCUUAUGACGGUCCUCAUGCCAGCCAUUCUGAAGCAAUGGACGACGCUGCUGCAUCGACUCGACAAAGCUGUCAAUGUCGAUGGUAGGAUGUUUUCGCAGGAAGUGGUGCUCAACUGGGCGCGAGGUCUGGAGAUCACCUGCACACCAGCGGGCAAGAAGGACGAUCAGAAGCAGGAAGAGGUACUCAUCAGAAAGGCCAUGGACGAAGUGAGGAAUCGCUUGGAGAGGGAUCUGGCAUGGCUGGUGGGUGGGACGCAGUAUCAUGCGGUCGGUAAGAGGGAGAAGCGCGCGAGGGGGAGCAGUAUGAGUGAUGGCGAGGAGGAAUUGUGA